ACCCACUGCCAGACCCAGUCCCAGUCCCUGUUCUCCAACUACAAUAUUGUCUUUCUCUCUUCUUCCUCUUCUUUUAUUUUUUAUUUUUUAUUUGAUUCUCUACUUAAAUUUCUCAGCAUUCCUCUUCUCUCUGUGCUCUCUCUUUGGGCAAAAACUUUUCACUGGGGCGAGGGGUUAUCGCCUUCUCCUCUUGUCAUCGCUUGCUUGUUUUUCAGUUAGCUUCUCGGCAUUUUCUCCACUCUCCGUCUUCCUCUCAACCCAGACACCCCAUCUGCACCUUUGGGCUCCAUUGAAUUUUCAUUAAUUUGUUGGGUUUGGGAGUGCUGUUGCGGUUUCUAAAGGUUUUGCCAAGUGGGUAUGGAGAGAAAGCAGGGGUUCUUCUCUGCUUUGAAGGAGGAGGUCGUGAGGGGGCUGUCGCCGGCGAGGUCCAGGCCAAGGAGUCCGGCGAGGAGUGCGUCUCCUAUGAGGGGUUUGCUCCGGCGGAGGAAGAACGGGUCGCACCCGGUGCUGGCAAGAUCGGCGAGCUUGAGGCCGCCGGAGCCGCUGUCGCCGUUGAUGGAGGGGCCCGAUCCGGAGGGGGGCAACGGCGGAGAUCCGAGGAUGGAGGGGAAAUGGGGCCACUGGAUGUGCAUGGCUCCCUCUGUUUCGUCCUCUGCCUUCAAACGGUCUGAUCUGAGGUUGCUGUUGGGCGUCAUGGGCGCCCCCCUCGCCCCGGUGCACGUUAGCAUCGCCGACCCUUUGCCUCAUCUUAGCGUCAAAGACACUCCCAUUGAAACUUCAUCUGCCCAAUACAUAUUGCAGCAGUAUACGGCAGCCUCAGGAGGGCAGAAGCUUCAGAACUCCAUCCACAAUGCUUAUGCCAUGGGCAAGGUCAAGAUGAUAGCUUGUGAAAUUGAAACAGCUACGAAGGUUAUAAAGAGUCGAAAUUCCUCCAAGGCUCCUGAGUUGGGCGGUUUUGUGUUGUGGCAGAUGAACCCUGACAUGUGGUAUGUGGAGCUUGCACUUGGUGACAGCAAGGUUCAUGCCGGUUCCAAUGGGAAGCUGGUCUGGAGGCACACUCCAUGGCUUGGUGCUCAUGCUGCAAAAGGGCCUGUCAGGCCCUUACGUCGUGCUCUUCAGGGUCUUGAUCCAGGGACCACUGCGAGCAUGUUUGCUGAAGCAAGAUGCACCGGGGAGAAGAAUAUAAAUGGGGAGGAUUGCUUCAUUCUCAAGCUUUGUGCAGAUCCUGCAACAUUGAAGGCCAGAAGUGAAGGACCAGCAGAAAUCAUUAGGCAUGUUUUAUUUGGCUAUUUCAGCCAGAAAACUGGGCUUCUUGUACAUUUAGAAGAUUCUCACUUGACUCGCAUCCAGAACACAGGAGGUGAUGCUGUGUACUGGGAGACAACAAUCAACUCAUUCCUCGAUGAUUACAGGCCUGUCGAGGGAAUUAUGAUUGCUCACUCGGGUCGUUCAGUGGCAACCCUUUUCAGGUUUGGAGAAACAGCUAUGAGCCACACCAAGACCAGGAUGGAAGAGGAAUGGACAAUUGAGGAAGUUGCAUUCAAUGUUCCAGGGCUGUCAAUGGACUGUUUCAUUCCUCCUGCUGAGCUGAGAUUCAGUUCUAUCAGUGAAGCCUGUGAGCUCCCUCAGGGUACUGAGAGGGUUAAGAGUGCCAUGGCAGCUGCCGUGUAUCGUGCUAAAGUUGCAGCAAUAGAGAAGUCGCAGAAUGAGAAGUCAAUAGAAUCGUUGUGAAAAUGAAUGCCUAAGAAAGGAAUAGGGCUUUUGCAGUGCUCGUCCUGUUGGCUCGGUAGUUACUAUGGACUGACAAAUUAGAGGUGAAGUGAUAGUAGAGGAUCUUCAUUAUUUGAUGCUGGAAUAUUAGGGUUGGAUUCACACCUCUUCAAAUCUGUAAAUAGAGCGUAUCAAUUUUCCAGUUUGUCAGGAGCCCAGACAAAUCGUCAAUGUCAAAUACAAAAUCCCCCUACGGUGUCGAGCUUUCAGUUUCAAUGAACUUCAAUCUAAUGGAGGUUUGUUUUCCUCUUUACGGUCCAUAAAUACGUUGAUGUCAUAAAGCUGUGACAUCUGAGAAACAAAUCUGUUUAUGUGAAGGCAUUUGACUGUGAUACCUGAGUAUCAUUUUAUCUUCCCAAACUCCUGUAAAUCUCCUUCCGAGUUGUCCAAUGACAAGCACAGGUUCCGUUGAGUUUGAGUUUCGCUUCAACUGGGUUUUGUUCAUUAAGUUAUAUUGGCCUGGAUGCCUGUGUUUAUAUGUGCUGGGAAGUUUUCAGGGGUGGGUAUAACUCAAAACAUGUUUGUGCAGUUGGAUGCAAAUAUUACUUUAUAUGCAGUAGGGAAAUGUCAGAAGACUGCUUAAAACCUUUUUGUUGUUCUUCUUGGGCUCUUUCACUGUAUAAGAUGUAAGCAUUGUGCUCUAUCUCAGAUAUUGAAUGCGUUUGAAUACAACUUCAUGAAUAUAUUUUUUAAGUCUUUCAA